CGCAAUUGUAAUAUAACCAAAUAUUUGAGGAAACAUGCAGGUGCGUUCGAAGAAGCCCGUUUGGUUCCUGUUCAAGUUGAUGGAGCUGCUGUUGAGCCUGGGAUGCUGCUUCGUCCACUGGCGUUGUUUCAAGGAGGAAGGUGUUCCGCACAUAUUCCUGCUAUGUGGAACCUAUGGUGGUUCUGUGAUCAUCUGCAUUGUGUCCCUGAUUGGUGUCUUUUACGCGGAGCGGCCGACGAUGAAGCACGAAGCUGUUUUUGGGGGCCUCUUGGGAGGUCUGCACAUGUUUACGGUUUACGCCCACAUGUACAUGGCCACUUUGGAGGAGUUUCGCACUGAGAAGUGGCCUGAUUUCUAUAUGUGCUGUCGGGAUAAUGCCAUUUUAGCCCUCUAUGCUGGGGCUAUUUACCUGCUGCACUGCACCUUUGCCCUGGACUUGAUGCUCUCCCAUCAGAGAAGGAAGCAUCCGCAGAGGAGCAAGCGACCACUCCAGCUGUACUUCAUCAGCCGGGGGGCGGAGGCCUAUCUCAGUCGGUUCUGGUGGUUCCAGCGCAUUUCCGCCAAAAUGUUGACCAGCGCCCAGCCAUCGGAGCACUCUAGUCGAAGGCGACAUGUUUCCUCCUCGUCCGAAUCGGACUCGGAAGCAGAUGAAAGGUCGGGAAAUUUGAAGGAGAAGGAGGACAACUGAUUCGGUACUUCGAAUAAACAUCCAUAAGUUCCAAUUAAA